AAUCGAUAAGAGCAUUCAACUUUUUGACGUACCCGACAAACAAUACACUUUAGUUUACUUCACUGUUUACACAACAAACAUAGCAAUGAUAGUAAAAAAAUUACCGGGAGGCAUCCAAUCAGUCGUUGUCCCUCAUGUGUUGUUAGAAAUCGUGUUGUGUAUUGGUUAGUUAUUUAAAAAUAUAAAAUACCAUCGGAAAAUGUUAUUCGUCGAUAGAUAUUGCUAUUGUGACAAUUAUUGUUGGAACGGAUACAUCGAAGGGUAUAUAUGUGUGCGUAACACAUUAAUAUGUUCGAUUCGGAGUAUUUUGGAUUUGAUUUCCAUUCCCUCAUGAUUCAAAUUUUUGCACACGUUCUUAUUGUUAACUUUGUGAUCCUUCAAUGUCAGGUGUGGAAAUGUUGUGCGGAACUAUCCAUAGCUCACAGAAUGGUGCUCGAUUACUACGUUAAUUCGUUGGCAUUGGUGGUAUAUCUGGCCGUCUUGAGUUCUAUCGAAGCUGGAUAUCUCGACACAGCAGUGCCGAUUUCACCCUGCCCUGAAAUAUUUUCAUACAGAAAAGACCUAAGAACUGAGCGAAUUUUCGGAAAACUGGAAAUUCCAAACCUUCAAGUUGGACAACCAGCAAAACUCAAACUUGUUAUGUCAAUUGUGAGGCAGUUGAAUUGGAACAACCUCGGCAGCAUAAAUCAAGUUAAAUCUCUCUCCGCCACGUCCGGGGACAUCGCUCGUGGAAAACCAGCACAGUAUCGUGUGAAUUUCCCUCUUCCAUAUCCCCUACCGACAGUGCUGUCCAUUCAGCUCAAUGGGAAUACUAUAUGCACUGGUCAGCGUCACCAAGGAAUCUCCACAGUCAUAAAGCUGGAAAAAGUUCUAAACACCGGGUUGCAAUCCGAGGCUCGAAACCCAGCUCACCUCCAUCGUCAGCUUGAAACCAAAUUUAUAUCAUCUCCCGACGGUGACUGCGGGAAACCGUCGAGCAGUUUCUUGAGUCGUCUGGCGAUCAAUGGAGAGCUCGCGUACAAGGGUCAAUUUCCGUGGAUUGUACCCCUAUUCGAUCGUGACCAUCCUCGGAAUCCAAAGUACAUGUGUGGCAGCACGAUAAUCUCGAGGAAGCAUAUCAUCACAGCGGCCCACUGCGUGUACGAGGCGGAGGGCUUCAUCGAACCGAGCCGAGUGCUGGCAAUUCCAGGAAUGUUCAACACCGACAACUUCUUCGACGAGAACGCACAGCUUUCCGAUGUCGAGCAAAUUAUUCCACACGAGGAAUAUGUUCACGACGAUGACCUGAACGACGCAGACAUAGCGCUUUUGAGGUUAAAGACAACGUUAGAACUUUCGGACUACAUUGGACCGGUUUGUUUGUGGGACGGAGGUAGCGAUUUGAAGGACAUCGUUGGCCAAGAGGGUAUCCUCGCCGGGUGGGGUAUUCGAGAACAGGGCACCAGCUCGGUACCGACAUUCAUGAGGACAAUUGUCGUUGACAAGAGGCAGUGCAGCUUGAAUUUGCUCCAAAUGUCGCUGGGUAGCGCAAGAGUGUUCUGCGGAGAUGGCCGAGGGGCGACGCCCUGCAACGGAGACUCCGGAAGUGGGAUGAUUCUGAAGAAGGAUAGCCGAUUCUUCCUGCGAGGAGUGGUGUCGAAGGGGAUGGUUGAUCAUGAAACGCUCAAAUGCGAUGCAACAAAGUACGCACUGUAUACCGAUAUUGCACCAUUCCUAGACUGGAUUCGGAGUGCUAUGACACAUUAAACGUCUAUUAUUGUUUUAUCAGGAGUAGAUAAUGAAACGAUAAAUAUUAUCAUUGUUAUUGACUAAAUCAUUUUUGUGAUGAGGAUAUAUGUGAUACAGAUUGCAUUGAUUCAAAAUAAAAGGACUUUGAGCGCAGUUGUCGUACUUUGGCAACACAUAGCGCGAAAUUUUG